ACGUUUACAUUAGCCAAUUUCCAACGCUCAGUACUAGGUAGCAGCUACUAAGCUCUAAACCUUUGACGACAACCUAAAACAGAGAAGAAAAAAAAAAUUAUCGCUUCAGAACCAGAGGCAACAAUGGCUGAUCGAUUCUUUCCCAACGUAAUGCCAAGAUUUGUAACAGAAGAUAUACAAGAAGAAGAUAAAGUAACCGAUGAGGAUUCUCUCAUGAAGCUUCUCUCAAUGCCCUACACUUCACUUUCCAAGCAGGUUCAACGUUCUGGUUUGGAUCUUAAAGAAACAAUAGUGAUGGAGACAUGGGGGUUAGGUGGGCAAGUUGCGCAUGAUUUUACUCUUUACAGUGGAAAUCUUGGCACUGCUUUGUUGCUUUAUAAGAGCUAUCAAGUUUCUAGUAAUGAAAAUGAUCUCUUUCUCUGUUUGGAGAUUGUUAAGGCUUGUGAUUCUGCUUCUCGGGCUUCAAGGGAUGUGACAUUUAUAUGUGGGCGAGCUGGUGUUUGUGCCCUUGGGGCUGUAGCAGCAAAGCAUGUUAAUGAUGAAGCGUUACAGAGUUACUAUCUGAGUCAAUUAGGAGAGAUUAAGCUGUUGAGAAAUCACCCUGAUGAGUUGUUAUAUGGAAGAAGUGGAUUCUUAUGGGCUUGUUUGUUCCUAAAUAAACACCUGGGGCAGGGGACUGUCCCUGAUACGACCAUUCGUGCUGUUGCGAAUGAAAUCAUAAAAAAUGGAAGAGCAUUGGCGAAGAAAGGAGGUUCCCCAUUAAUGUAUGAAUGGUAUGGUGAGAGGUAUUGGGGUGCUGCCCAUGGAUUGGCAGGUAUUAUGAAUGUUUUAUUGGAUGUAGAGCUGAAACCUGAUGAGUUUGAGGAUGUCAAGGGCACCCUUAAAUACAUGAUCAAUAACUGCUUUCCCAGCGGCAACUACUCUACAAGUGAAGAAGAUCGCAAGAGGGAUGUUCUUGUGCAUUGGUGUCAUGGAGCACCUGGGAUUGCUCUUACACUUGUCAAGGCAGUUAAGGUUUUUGGAGAUAAAGAGUUUCUGGAAGCAGCUAUAAAUGCUGCAGAGGUAGUGUGGAACCGUGGGCUGCUCAAGCGAGUUGGAAUUUGCCAUGGCAUCAGUGGGAAUGCGUAUGUGUUUCUCUCACUGUACCAGCUAACAGGCAACAUAGAGUUCUUAUACAAGGCCAAAGCGUUUACUUGCUUUCUGCUGGAUAGAGCUCACAAACUUAUAUCGGCCGGAGAGAUGCAUGGAGGUGAUAGCCCCUACUCAAUGUUUGAAGGAAUGGGAGGUAUGGCUUAUCUUUUUCUAGAUAUGAUCGACCCAUCCAAGGCUAGAUUCCCUGCUUAUGAACUCUAAAAUUUUUCUAUGAAUAUUAGGUCACAGUGGUUGAGUUGAAUACUAGGGUAGUUCAGUGCUGUCAUUUGAGUUGUAUAUGAAAAUGCAAUGAUAGAAGUCCGCCUUCAGCCUCGACAAUCAUGCAUUAUUUUACAGUAGACUAUGGUAUUACUAGUGUGGGGUUUGAUCUCCCAUCAGGCAAAGAGCCACUUUUGCUUUACAUAAUGGACGGGUGAUCAAAUGAUAUUAAUAACAGAUUCUCGAAUUACAUAUACCAAGUAUAUAUGAUCAUUUUACUGUAGAACUUUUGCAUUCUGAAAUAAUGGAAAUCACUAGAUAUCAACCAAAUAGAAUGGAGCAAAAUGUAUUUCAGAAAUUAUUCUAGCAACCACUGAAUAUAUUAGUACUUCUCCUCCUAACAAAAUGGAGCAAAAUGUUAUCUCAGCGCCAAAGAAUAGGAUUUAUAUGUUACUUCUUGUUACUGUCUCACAAAAAUCUAAGAGCCCAAAAUCUGCUUCAAAUCACCCUGGCUCAGACACCACAUAAACAGCAAAAACCUUCAUAGAAGGAUGGUGGUGAAGAAGUAUACAGAUCAAUCAAGUCCAUGAUCACUUGGUACUCUUCAGCUGCUGUUGGUUCAGUUCCAGAUAAGAGAAUGUAGAGACUCUUUCUAUCACUGUCUUAAUAUCAAAGAAUUCGCCCAAAAAUCUGGAUCAGCUCUACCUGGCUACUGACAUUCAACCGCCGCUCACGGAGACAUGUAGUCCUACAUCAUCACACGACUAGUAUUGUUGCAAAACAUCAAGUAUUGAGAUGAAUCAUUAAAACUUUUACAGAACAUUGGCCGAAUGUGUUUUCUAGAUGCAGGGGCGGAAUGAAGGGGGUGGCAAGCAGGGGCCUGGGCCCGGGCCCCUGGAAGAUUUUUUUAUUUAUUUGGUAAUUACAUGUGAGGAGCUGUAACAUUUUUUAAUGAGAGGGUCCUUCUUACAGGAAAUAUAUUUGUUAUCCUAUGCUUUAGUUUUGAA